AUGCAUCACUCCAUCGCAGCGUUGAGCGCUGUGCUCGCCAUGGUCAUCGACGUAUCGGCCAUUGCUUUCCCUCAAGCUACCACGACUCCAACAACCGAUGCCUUGACGGUAUUGUGCUCGGCCAUUGCCGACGGCGCCAGUACUCCUUCGGCCUGCCAGACCGCCGCUACCCCCUCGACUGCUGCUGCCCCGUACUGCACGAACUUUGCAGACCCUCACUACUGCGGCACCGGCAUCGACUACUGCACUUGCAGCAAUGGCGCUUUCUCAAUCGCUUCUGGCAGCAAUCCGUGCCCGUAUACCACCGACCCAGGGUCUGACCUGGCCUACACCACGCCUACAUGCUCUUCCACCGCUGCAUCCCCAACUGCCACGGUGCCUGAUGCCUGCGCCAGCGGCUCGCAGGCCAGCGACGACACGGCUUCCUGCUGGAGUGACCUCGGACUCACGGACUACGUCAACUCCUGGUGGGAGGACAACCAGGACAGCUGCGGCGGGACUGUCGUUCACCCGAAUGAGGACGGUGAUCCAGACAUGAGCUUCGCGAACUGCUGGUACAAGAUCGUCCUUCCAGACCAGUUCCCUGUGCAGUGUGACAUUCUUAGUACUGGUAAUGGCUGCAAAGAGCCGAGCUGGGGCUGGUUCGAUGGCGAUGAUGCUGUUCAGCAGUUCUGGGUGACUUGGUCCAUCUACAAUGUCAACCAAUGGUUUACGAACUUGAACUCCGCCAUCACCGCGGCUGGAUCUGAGGUCGAGGGCAUUACUGGCAAAGUCGAGACGUCGUUCAACGAGCCUGAAGUGCCGUCGACUCCAGCUUGGGAGUACGUCCUUGAUGGCCUUGUUUUCGCAACCAGCCUGUGGGCUGAAGGCUCUGAGAUUGAAAAAGCACUCGUGAGAGUCAUCCCGCAGACGUUUGCUCUCACAACCAAAGUCUACCCGCAGGGCGAGGUGGAGGGUGUUGUCGAGCAGUGGUCCGAUAUCGAGGGUGCGAUCUCAGAGUUCAUCAGAUCCUGGGCAGACGACGUUGGUAAUGGUAUCGAGCUCGUUGAAAAUGACGAGCCGACUUUUGUUUCAUUCGCGGAGGCAGGCUCCUUUACUUCGGGAGUGCGGGACUUGUCUGGCCUGACUGACUCCAUCUAUACUGUUAUUGGAACAGAGCUGGUUUCUGUGACUGCUGCCACAGUCGGCUACAUUAUUACUAGGACCGCCGGGCAGAGCAUCGCCGACGUUCAGGCGACUUCGGAUCUCCAGUGGGAUGUUGAUUGCGGCGACGGCUACGACUCGAUCGGAAUCUGCGGUCCCUGGUACUACGAUGGCACUGACACCUACAGCUUGACCAAUCAGCAGAAGUGGCAGCAAGACGAAUCCGACCUGAUGCAGCUCCUCUUCGAAGGCGACUCUCCCCUCGCGGACGCCAACAUCUUCUUCACGGGCUCCUUGAAAUGUAGCCAGACCUCCGGCAAGAACGGCGGUGGUGCGGCGAGUCUCGGUGACGACUACACGACCUUCAACUGCCUCGCCAACAACCGAGUCUGCACCUGGGCUUGGGAAGACUCCGACCUCGAAAACAGCUACUUCCUUCCCGACUGCACCGAUGACGACGUACCCAAUGUCUUUGAUUUUAAGUGCUGCACGGGCACGUACGACAAUUGCGGCCAGUGUGCGCCUUUUGCUUACUUUGGGCCGGCGAUUGAGACGGACGAUGACGUUAAGCUGUGCCACACUAACUGCGGUGGUGGUGAGGUGGAGUAG